AGCGAGCGCGGCGUGCGAGCCAGAGAGAGAGAGGGAGAGGGAAGCGUGCGCGUCUGCGUGAGUGGGUGAGCGAGCGGGCGAGUGGAGUGCGUCCGCGCGUGUGUCUUUCCGUGUGCGUGCGUGUGUAGGAGCUAUUGCUUAUCCGGGCAGAGGCCGCGCGCACGCGUGCGUGCGCAAGUGAGCUCGCUGCCGUGAGUGAGUGAGCUGUGUGAGAGAGCGAGAGAGAGCGAGAGAAGUGUGUGUGUGCGUGUGUGUGAGAGAGAGAGAGAGCUGUGUGAGAGAGUAAGAGAGAGAGAGAGAUUGAGAGAGCCGCUGUCGGUCGAGAGACUCCGCAUCCCGCGCCCUCAUGCACUGCUCUGGAGCGCCGCCCAACCCGGCCGCCCUGCCAGCCCUGGGAAUGAUCCCGCACCCGGCCUGCGCCCUGGCUUUCCUCUACAUACAGCAGGGAACGCAGGAGCCCCCGCUGCCCCCCGAGCCCAUGGCGCACCCGUACCCGUCGGGACAGUUCGCGGCGCCGUCCCAGAACGGCGUCCCCGCCGACUACGGAGCGGCUCCGCCACCGCCGCCGCACGCGGCGCUCCCCCACGGCGUCGUGCCGGACUACGGCUCCGGUCAGCCCGGCGGAGGCGUCGCGCCUCCAUCCGACCACGACGUGGCCGCCGCCCUCUACACGGCGUCGGCGGCCGCGCAGCCGCCCCCGGCGUCGCAUCACCACCACCACCACCAUCAGCAGCAGCAGCACCAUCAGCAGCAGCAGCAGCAGACGGCGCAGAGCAGCGGCACGGUCACGACGGAAGAGACUGAAUGCUCCCCCCUACACCACCCAGCCGCCCUAGGGGAGGGAGGAGAGAUGAAGCCUCAGCCCAAGCGCCUGCACAUCUCCAACAUCCCUUUCCGCUUCCGAGACCCCGACCUCCGGCAGAUGUUUGGGCAAUUUGGGAAAAUCUUGGACGUGGAAAUCAUCUUCAACGAGAGGGGUUCCAAGGGCUUCGGCUUCGUGACAUUUGAGAACAGCGGGGACGCGGAGCGGGCGAGAGAGAAGCUACAUGGCAGCAUCGUGGAGGGAAGGAAAAUCGAGGUAAACAACGCCACGGCGCGCGUUAUGACCAACAAGAAGCCCAUCAACCCCUACGCCAACGGUUGGAAGCUGAACCCAGUGGUGAGCGCGGUCUAUGGCCCAGAGAUCUAUGCAGCCGGGCUCCCGUACGCGGUCACGGCGGGGACGGCGGCUGCCGCCUACCGGGGCGCGCACGUGCGCGGGCGGGGACGGGGAGGGUUCUACAACACCCUGAGGGCCGCCACCCCCACAGCCACGCUGCCACCCGCGUACGGGGGAGUUGUGUACCAGGACGCGUUCUACGGCGCCGAUCUCUUCGGAGGAUAUACGACCUACCGAUACGCGCAGCCCGCCACGGCCGCCGUGUACAGCGACAGCUAUGGACGCGUCUACACCGCGGCAGACGCCUACACGCACGCGCUUGCGCCCGCCGCUUCCUACGGGGUGAGCGCGAUGAACUCUGCGUCGGAGCUGAUUCACGCGAGAAACUCCUCUACCAGAAGGUUUCUUGUCAGCGGCCACAUCGCCCCGUGAAAAAAUAAAAACUAUACUCACGAGAGGAAAAAAAAACACACAAAACAAACCCGAGCAUCGCGAGAGAAUGUGUCCAGCCUUAUCCACUGCUAAUCUAUGUAGCAACAAAAAAAAAUGUGGGGCAUUUUGUGUGUGUGUGUGUGCGCGUGUCUGUCUCUCUGUCUCUCUCUACCCGUGACCACACGCGCGGGCCACCGCGACUCGUUGUGAGACCCGAGAGAGAAGACGUGACGAUGACCCCUCCCCCCCUACCCCCAUCUGCCCUCUGCUUUACUCGCGCACCGGCACGGCACGACACGGCACGAGAUGGCACCACGCGCCAACACGGCACGGCACGGCACGACACGGCACGAGAUGGCACCACGCGCCAACACGGCACGACACGGCACGGGAUUGCACCACGCGCCAACACGGCACGGCACGACACGGCACGGGAUUGCACCACGCGCCAACACGGCACGACACGGGACGGGAUGGCACCACGCGCCAACACGGCACGGCACGACACGACACGGCACGACACGACGCGCCAACACGACACGGCACGACGCGCCAACACGGCACGAUGCGCCAACAGGGCACGGCACGACACGGCGCGCCAACACGACACGGCACGACACGACGCCACCCAAGUUGACUCUCGAGACAUUUUCCUUCGGAAGAAGAAACAAACAAGUUCAGUUCCAGUUCUUCCCCUUAACUCUCGUUGCGUCCGUCCGUCCGUCCUUUGAUUCCUUCCUUUAUUUCUUUUAUACCUCAAUGCGUUUUUAUUAUUUUUGUAAAAAAGUUAAACGAAAUGAAAUGACAUAAAUUAAUCUAUUGUAUCAUACAGUAUUCUAUUUAGACGUGACGAUAGUCUUCUGUACAGUAUGGGUUCGUCUCCCCCCCCACCGCCACUGCCGAGGUUCGAGGCGCGGUCCACGAGCCGAGAUUAGCGCGCGUGUCUUCUAACGUGUAGAGUAAUGAUGAUGACUCUAGGACAUUCACCACACACCUUCUUUACCUGGAGUCGGGGACGGGGGGUGGGGCCUGUCUCCCGUCCCCCACCACCACCACCACCACAACACCCCCCCCCCCCCACCUGUUUCAUCCGUGAGUGAACCACCACCACGUGAGUCGUCGUGGUGUUGGUGGUUGUGGUUGUGGUGGUCGUUGUGGAAUCAACCCCCAUAACUAGUAUGAAGCAAUGGAAAUAUAAAGAAGGAAAAUAAUAAGAUGUUGAUUGCCCUCCCCCCUCUCCAUCCCCCGCGCCUCUCACAUUGAAUAAAUUAACGAUUGUGCUUCCACACAAACACACGCGCAGCAACAACAACAACCCGUAGCGAUUAGACAAUUCUUAGAAGGCUGUAGGCUGUACAUUAUCGUUCAGUGUUUGGUGUGGUUCUCUCCCUCUCUCUACCCGAAGUGUGUCAUUUAAUUUUAUCGAUGCAAUUGCAUUAAACACUUAUUUGGGGUGUUUUUUUUUUUUUACAUUGUAAAACUGUGGUUCCAGAAACACCCCACCCCCAUAUCCCAUCCCCCCGUAAAAUAAUACAAAAAAUCGCGUGCGGCGGCGAAAAAGCCGGAGCUUGGGGUAGUUGUCAUUGGUUACAAUUGCUGUGUGUUUUGGCAGCUAACGCCAGACGUAUGUUUAUACUGUACAUGUACAAAUGCACAGAUACAAAAAAAAAAGGAUUCAAUAAAAGCCCAACGUUCUCACAGA